AUGUAAAAGUAAUUAAAAUUGUUAUGAAAAUCGGCAGAGGCAGUUAAAGCCACUCAGAGGAGUCGAAAUCUUCCAAAAGAGUUGAAAGCUCUGUGAUCCAAAAUGGAGAUUAGAUUACGGUCUUGGUGUUGCCAACUUACUACAUUUAUUGUGGUUCUUGGUAUCAUUCAAUCAGUCUUAUACGUUCUUACAGCACUAGGUUUAAUUCUUUGGUAUUUACUUUUUCAACCAAGGCAUGAGGUUGGUGUUGUCAAUGUUAUCGAGAUCUCCAACCUCGCCGAGGUAUUCCCUACAGCCUCAACCUCGUCCUCAGACAAAACCCCGGUCAUUAUUCUCGUCUCAGGACUAGUGACGGCCUGCUUAGGACUUAUUACAUCUCUUUUUAUCAUUGUAGGAGUAAAAACAAGACAAAGAUUUCUACUUCUUCCUUGGUUAAUAGUUCAUUUUUUCAUCAUAACAGCAACUUUAGUAGCAGGCCUUUAUUUGAUAAUCAACUACACCAUUCUGGUGGAGGAAAAAGAUUAUUUGAAAGCUGCUUUGUCAUUAUUUCUUAUAGUGUUCGGAAUAUUAUUUAUUUUCUUGUGGAUACUGGUGGAUCAGUGGUUUAUCAGACAGGGCGCGGAAAAAUCUUUAAUUCCAGAAACUGCCGCUAGAUGGUCUUCAACAUCAAGUAUAAAAAGUAGCACCCCGCGGAAAUGUCAGAGUGGUACUGUGAAGAGUACAAGAAGUUUGGCAAGUUUGAGCAGCAGGACAAGUUUGAGAUCCAUGAAUGAUAUUGAUAAAACAGAGCUUCCCACGAAACAUUACAAAGUUCAAGAAUUUUCAUUGAAUCUUGGUCUUCCGAACCUUUCUAACCAGGUAUCUAGAUCCAGAAGUAUGGAGUACAUACUUGAUACUGACUCUAAUAAUUCAUCCAAGGAGGUUAUUGAGUACAAAUCACUACCGAGAUUAAGUAAAGCAAACUUGAAAACAAGAAGGAACAAACGCACACAUUCAUUCACAGACAAACAAUCACACAACGACACAAUCAGGAGUAGUCGAAGUUUGGCUAGUGUGAAAAGUGUAACUAUUGACCCACAGGUUCGAGAGUACAGAUAUCAAGAAAGAUCUCGACAGAGUAGUAAUCAAUCAGUGGAGGACAGGGUCAAUCAAGAUCAAUCAAUUAAUCAAACUGAGUACGAGCUAAAUCCAUAUUUUGAGCGGUAUAUCCUCACUCGAGCUAAAGGAUUUCCAGCCUCGGAGGGCUAUGAUCAAGGUCUUGAGGUUCAUCCAGGUGCAGAAUCUGAUAGAGAGGCCAAUCAUGAUCAGAGCUUUAGUGUGCAGAGAGAACCACGUGGGUCAGCGGACCACGAGGGAGUAACAGAGUUUAGAAAUCCAGCAGAGCCGGGGCAAAGAGUCCGGAAACAAAAUAGGGAAUUAGAGAUGGAGCCCGGCAUUUCUGAUCAUGAAAUGGAAGAUGCAGGUUUGGCAAAAAUACCAUCUCCAGUCUAUCCUAGAUCCUCAAGCAUGGAGCGAAGGGUGUCUCCGGACUACUCUCGAACCUCAAGUCAAGAGCGGAGGCUAUCCCCGGUCACAGGUCGAUCCACAAGCCAGGAGCAGAGACUGUCUCAUGACCUUUUCCUUGGUAAGCCUCGAGGCCCAAGAAGAUUAACAAGAGAAGAAAUAAUUCAUAAAUAUUGCGAGGGAGAUGUUUCCUUGUGAUUCUACAUAUUACAGAUUGACUUCUAAGUAAAAAGAAAUUAUAUAAAUUCUAAUUCCAGAUAGUUAGAUAUUUUUUCAGGUUUGCAGAAUUGUUAUUUCGACGCAUGUAUGAUGUGUUAUACUGUCAUGACCUAUCCUAGACCAAACUCAGUCAUGUAAAAGUUUUAAAUGUUUAAUGUUAAAUUAUUUUCUUUCUUUAUCUUCUCUGAAACAUAAAUAAAGGUAUUAACUGAAUGGGAAACACUUUUUUUCUAUUUAAUGUUUCUGUAAAACGUAUUCAAUUGAAUGGCAUAGGCUGGCAUUGACUCGUAGUUUUCUAUUGUAUUUCAUUUUCUUCCCGUAGUUUUAUAAUGAAUUGUUUAAGAAAGGUUUACAAAAUGUCGACAAAUCGUUAUAAAUUAAGAACUUUUGUUUUUGACAAAUAAUAAGAUGUGUUACAUUUUUCAAUACUACUUUUUUCAAGGACUAUCAAUGUUUAGACAGAAGAACAAGGAUAUCUCAAUCAAUUUUACCGAGACGAGGUUUUUCGGGAACCUGUGUGAAUCGGACAUGCCACUUUUUGAAUAAAAGGUCGCCUAAAAAUCACGUCGACAUUCUUCUAAAUGAUGUCAAUCACACACCUGUUAAAACUAUGCAAACAUUAGUUCUUCUCAAUUCACUAUUUUAACAACAUAUCUGCAAUAAUAAAAAAGAGCUUUUCUAUUCCUUUUACCAGAGAAUUUUAAUAAUAUUAAAUAUUCGUUUUUCAUUUAAAUGCAUUUCUUUGCAAUCGUUUGCAUAUAUGUAUGCAUUUUAUUUGCAAUGCAAAGUCUAGUUAUUC